AAAAAAAAAAAAAUCAUUGCCUUGAAUUAAUAUAGAUAUACCCGGUGGGAAGCAAUAUCUAUGGUCCAUCUAUUUUUCAUUUAGUCUUGAACAAGUGCAAAAGAGAAAGCAAAAAGAGUAGUGCAAAGAAAAAAACUAAAGUUGGGUUUGGGUUUGGCUGUAGCUUAAGAUGAAGGGUAUCAUGGUUCUGAAGCAGUUCAGUUUUGUGUUCCUCCUCAUUUCAGGAUCACUUUUGUCAUCAACUUCUCUUGCAGGUCGACAUUUCAAGUCUGUAAACAAGUGUGACAAAUCCGUAGCACUGGAUGGCACUGAUGAGGUGGACAUAUUAGGAUCAGUGGACCAGAAAGAAGCUGACCAGGAUCAGAUCCGUAGCACAAUCCAUGAAAGGCUGCUUAGGGUUAACACCAAAGACUAUGGAAGAUAUGACCCCGCACCAGCUCUUGUUAAGCCUCCUUUCAAGCUCAUACCAAACUAGCUAUAGCUGGUUAAUUGGUUUGAUUGGCGGUCUAUGAUGUUUAAAUAAAUUGUGUUUGUUCAGUAUAAAUAUAUGGUAUAAUUAUGGCAUAUAAAUAGAUAAAAUAGGUAGUUUUGAACACCCCAGUAAUUAAUAUGUAGCAUAUUUAUAGUUUUGCUUAUAAGGUCCUUGUGUGAUCUAGUUAUAUGGCAAUAAAUGCAUGUUUAUAUAGAUAAAUAUUGUGUACUCCAUGAACUGUCUGUUUUUAGACACAUAAAUCUAUAGUAAUAUAUAAAGGGAUAUGUACUAAUUAAUGAUGUUGCAAUUUC